AUGCUGCUGCCGUCCUGCUCUAUCCCGCCUGUGCGGCCGCUGCUGCUGCACACCGUCGCAACUUCGGGCGUCGCCAUGCUGGCGGACCCCGCGCUGGCUACGUCAUCGGCGGCGGAUCUGCCGCCCGCGACAUCAUUUGAGCCUCAGGGCGACCCGCUGCAGGCGGCGAUUCUAUUCUCGGUGGUUGCGCUCCCAUUUGCCUAUUGGUGGUACAUCUCGGUGCCCGAGGCGCGACUCGCGCUUGCAAAGGACAAGCGCCUCAAAGAAGGCGAAACUAAGAGAUACCUCGACGAGCUCGCGGACGACCCGAGCGGCAGGAAGGCCGAGCGCUGGUUCUUCGCCAAGUGGCUGAGACAGAAUAAGCCGAGCAGGCCUGCUGCUGCAAAGGCCGCACCAGAGGACGAGGCGGCGGCGCUACCGCCAGAGGAGGCGGCGGCGGCGCUACCGCCAGCACCUCCUCCAGAGCCCGCGCGCGACGCUUCGCUUGGGGUGCUAUUCAAACCGGCGUCGCUGAAAGGCAACGCGACGCCGAAGUUUUGGUCGGGAGACAACCCCAUCGUCGUCACGAUGGGUGGCCUUGCCCUAGCUGGCGUCGUCGCAACAGCGGCGCAGAGCGGCAGCGGCGCGCACGUGGCCGAUAUCGUGGUGCUGGGCGCGGGGCUGGCGUUUGGGCUGAGCAGGCUCACCCUCGACUAG